CAUUUUUUCUCUCUCGGCACCGCGCUGGUGAUCUCCGCAGGCUAUGUAACGAGCAAGGUGCUGAUUCCACUCACCGAAAUUGAUUUUCUAUCGUGAUUCAAGAAUGGGAGAAGACCACAGCACCGCCGUCGAAGCUCCUACGAAUCCGCCGCCUCCUCUACGGAGACAGAGAGUGAGGGAGGUCAGUUCUAGGUUCAUGACUCCCGUGGCGACCUCCUCCUCUUCCUUCUCCCCUCUCCCGCAGCAGCAUCAGAGAUCCAGCUCCGUUCAGAAGCAACGCCGCCAUCUUGAAUUGGAUAAGGAUUCCUCCGCCGACAACUCCACUUCUUCAUCAGUCGCCGCCUGCAGUCCUCAUAGGAUGCAUCCUCAGAACCACCGCGCCAUCGUCAAACUUUUCAAGGAAAAUGCAAACGGCGAGAGGCAGGAAUCUCGAUCUCACCACCGCCGCCCCGACACUCCCAUGGUAACCGCUCCUCCCACAUCGAGACUGUUGCCGCAUCAUCGUUCCUGCAACACUGCCGUGCCUGCCUCCACGAAUCUUACUCACUCGACUGCCGCCAAAUUGCUUCAUUCCUCGACUGGGAUGUCAUCGUCAUCCUCGCUUAAUCUCUCUGCCAAUCUCAAUUGCGGCCCAAGCGAGUAUAGUUCCGGCGACAGCCGUAGUAGCAACAUUUUGAGGAGCAACUCUGCACGGUCUCUUCCGGACCUUCGCUCUUCCGUGCCUGUGCGAGCUACCGUCUCCAGUAGAUUACUGACGGAGAGAAAUGUGAACACACUCUCCAGGCUGGAUGAUGACGCCGCGAGUGUUUCUUCAGAUACAACAACUUCAGCAACAACAUCUUCGAAAUUCUCUGCUUCGCCUUGUUCCCGCUCUCUGGAUUUGCAACGAUCUUCCUCUGAAAACUCUUCCUUCUUUCACUCGUUAAGGGGCUCAGAGAAAUCGGCGAAACAGCAAGUAGGUCACUCCCUCAAGAUUGGGGGUGUUGCUCUGCCUCCAGUUCCUCGCACCAAGGUCCUAACCGAUGCUAAUGCUUCGAGAAGGGGAAGAAAAGCCUCUGCUCAGCAAGAGGACUUUCACUAUCUGAAAAUGAUUCACAACCGUUACUUGCAGUGGAGAUACGCCAAUGCCAAAGCCGAGUCUUCUUCGCAGGCCCAGAGUAGAGAAGCCGAGAUGAAGUUGUAUUCCCUUGGUUGCAAGAUAUCGGAGUUAAAUGAGUCGGUGACAAAGAAAAGAACUGAACUUGCCCGUUUGCAGCAAAUGGCAACUCUAGCAACAGUCCUGGAGAGUCAGAUGCCAUAUCUGGAUGAAUGGAUUACAAUAGAAGGAGAAUAUAAGGAUUCUUUAUCGGAGACAACUCAAGCUUUAGUAAACUCAUCAAUCCAACUUCCAGUAGGUGGGAAUGUUACGGUUGAUACAAGAGAGUUAGCAGAGGCAUUGAAGACUUCAGGGAAGUUGAUGGAAUCGAUUGCUUCCACCAUAGAAAGAUUUAUGCCUAAGGCUGCAGAAACCGAAACACUGGUAUCAGAAUUAGCUAGGGUGAAUGGAGGAGAAACAGCCCGCGUUCAAGAAUGUGGAGGUCUCUUGUCUCUGAUGCAUAAAUCACAGAUGGAGGAGUGCAGUGUGCGAGGCCAAAUAAUCCAGUUUCAUCGGCCCGUUUAUAACCAAAAGCAGACUACUGCUUGAAGAAGCAAAGUGGCAUGCAUGUAUUGCUGCUGUCUUGAGCACAAAUGUGGAGGCUGUUUAUAUUUACUCUAUAGCUUGCUUGAUCGCUUUGAUUUUGUUUGUGUUUACUUUACUACCAUCAUUCAUUAAGAAAAUAAACUGAAGUUCUCAGAGAAUGUUUGUCUAUAAGCUGCAUCGUCUCACAUUGGAGUGAUACGCAGCAAGCUAAAAGACCAAAUAAUAUCCUUUGCACGUUGCAACUGCUUGAGAUCUCCUUUGUAUUAGUAAUUUUGUAUUCAUGUAACGAUUCCUGGCUCAUGCGCUAGCUCUAGGGAGAAUCAAAACUUAUAUGAUGCAUAAUGAAUAAGUUGAUUUUCCCGAAUUUCUUCAAUACAAGUUGAUUCUUGCGUUUAGACUUUGAAGAUACAUCUAUAAAUUAUAGGGACAAUAUCUCUCUAUCAAGAGAAGGAUUCUGUUUGCUGCCAAGUCUCAACAUUUCAAGUUUGUAUGUGUCAAUAAAGUGGAAUGUUGUCG